UCUUAAGCCUCCAUUUCCUGGAAGCUGUGAGACAGUUUAGUUUCUAGACAUUGUUUGCAUCUUUGAACACAGCAAUCAAUGGUGGUUCCUGAAACAAGAUCAGAAUAAUGAAGCUGGAGAUUCCAGAAACGUUUGAAGAUGUUGCUGUGGACUUUUCAUUGGAUGAAUGGAAGCUGUUGAGCAAAGAGGAAAAAGUGAUGUACCGGGAGGUGAUGGUGCAGAACUUUGAUCACAUGGUGUCAACAGGAUUUAACAUCCCUGUGGAACAGCUAUUGCUGCUUAUUGAAAGGCCUGACGAACUACCACUCAAUGUAAAGGAAGAAGAAACGAGUGUGGGUCCAACUGAUCUUCCUGAAGUAAUUUCGAAUAGAUGUAACAUCCCAUUAGAACAGCUAUUACUGCUCUUUGAAAAACGUGAUGAACUUCCAUUUAAGGUGAAGGAAGAAGAUGUGAGCCUGUUUCAAACAGAUCUACCUGACAUCUCCUCAAACAUCGACAGGAAUGCAUAUUUCACUGAGAUCGAGAACUUGCAGUCAUCACAUGGGAAACACCACAACUCAGAAUCCAACAAAGCUCCCCCAGAUAAGAUGUUGCUCACAAGACAAGAACUUGGGCAGUCUGAAAACAGACACCUUAAAUGUUUGCAAAGUAAUGAGGGCUUUGUCACAAAAACUGAAAUAGAAAUGCAUCUGGAAACUUGUGCAGGAGAAAAGCAAUGCAGAAGAGUUAAUGAGAGCAAUGUAUCAGUGCUUGAUAGUAACAACUUAACUACUCAACUAAUUCAUCGUGAAAAAAGACAAAAGAGUGCCUUGGCAAUAGAUGAACAAAUAUCCAGUAGAGAAAAUCUGUAUAAAUGUGCUACAUGUGGCAAAAAUUAUACAGGUGAGAAAAAAUUAGCAGUGUGUACACUUAUGCCUGGUGGACAAGAGCUCCUUAAAUGUACCACUUGUGACAACAAGUUUGCAGAGAAUCCAGGCAUCAGAAAACAUGAAUUAGUCCAACAGCUAUUUAAAUAUGCCACAUGUGACAAUGGUUUUACAGAUAAAUGUUUAACAGAAAAUAAGAGUACCCACAGUGAGCAGAAACCCUAUAAAUGUACCACGUGGAACAAGGAUCGUACACAGACUGGUCACAUGGUAACACAUCAGUAUACUCACACUGAGCAACAACUCACGUGUGAUAAGAGUUUUAGACAAAAAGGUUCUAUGGUAAGUUAUCAGAGUGCCCUUAGUGGGCAGAAACCGUAUAAAUGCAUUACAUGUGGUAGGCGUUUUAGACAUAAGAGUGCUCUGAAGACUCAUCACAUUAUCCAUACUGGGCUGAAACCAUAUAAAUGUAUUACUUGUGGUAAGAGUUUUAGACAUAAAAGUACUAUGUCUUUGCAUCAAAAUGUGCACAGUGGGCUGAAGCCCUAUAAAUGUGGCACAUGUGGCAAGAGCUUUUCCCAUAGGCGUAACAUGUUAGAACAUCAGAAUAUCCACACUGGACACAAUCCAUACAAAUGCACCAAAUGUGACAAAAGUUUUAAAUAUAAAAGAGCAAUGGUAACUCAUCAGACUAUCCACACCGGGCAAAAACCAUAUAAAUGUACCAUGUGUGAUAAGAGUUUCAGACAUAAAAGUACUAUGAUUACGCAUCAGAUUAUCCAUACCGGGCAGAAACCCUAUAAUGCACCAUGUGUGAUAAGAGUUUUAGACAUAAAAUUACUUUGUCCAUGCAUCAGAAUGUACACACUGGGGAGAAACCAUAUAAAUGCACUGCAUGUGAUAAAACCUUUAGAGAGAAGAGUGGUCUGGUAACUCAUCAGCGUAUUCACACUGGACAGAGACCGUAUAAAUGCACAAUGUGUGAUAAGACGUUUGUACAGAAGAAUCACAUGGUAAACCAUCAGCAUAGCCACAAUGAGCAUAAACCGU